AUGGGGGAAUGGACUAUUCUAGAGAGGCUACUGGAAGCUGCCGUGCAGCAGCACUCUACUAUGAUAGGGAGGAUUCUGCUGACCGUGGUGGUGAUCUUCAGGAUACUCAUCGUGGCCAUCGUAGGGGAGACGGUGUACGAUGACGAGCAAACCAUGUUCGUCUGUAACACGCUGCAGCCAGGCUGCAAUCAGGCUUGUUACGACCAGGCUUUCCCUAUUUCACACAUAAGGUACUGGGUGUUCCAGAUCAUCAUGGUGUGCACGCCCAGCCUGUGCUUCAUAACGUACUCCGUUCACCAGUCUGCUAAGCAAAGGGAACGGAGGUACUCCACCGUCUUCCUCACCCUGGAGAGGGACCAGGAUUCAAUGAAGCGUGAGGACAGUAAGAAAAUCAAGAACACAAUUGUCAAUGGCGUGCUGCAGAACACUGAGAACUCCACCAAAGAGGCAGAGCCAGACUGCUUAGAAGUGAAGGAGAUCCCCAACCCUGCCAUCAGAACUACAAAAUCAAAGAUGAGGAGGCAAGAAGGCAUUUCUCGAUUUUAUAUCAUCCAAGUGGUCUUUCGAAAUGCCCUAGAGAUCGGAUUCUUAGUGGGACAGUACUUCCUGUACGGAUUCAAUGUCCCUUCCAUGUACGAAUGUGACAGAUACCCUUGCAUUAAAGAAGUAGAGUGCUAUGUCUCUAGACCCACUGAGAAGACUGUGUUCUUGGUGUUCAUGUUUGCUGUCAGUGGCAUUUGUGUGGUGCUCAAUUUGGCAGAACUGAACCACUUGGGCUGGAGAAAGAUCAAAAUGGCAGUGAGAGGAGUACAGGCAAAAAGGAAAUCCAUAUACGAAAUCAGAAAUAAGGACCUGCCAAGAAUGAGCAUGCCUAACUUUGGCAGGACUCAGUCAAGUGACUCAGCUUACGUGUGA